GUGCAUGUUGGCUAUUCUGUCAGAUGAUCAGUUUUUGAUCAGGUGACAUAUUUUGCUCGUUCUGAUAGGCAGAUUUUUGAACUAAAACACAACUUCUACAAUGGCUCUUCUGUCCGCUGUCAAGGGAAAACUGAUUUCCGUAAUUGGAGAUGAGGACACCUGUGUGGGAUUCCUGCUUGGAGGAAUUGGCGAAAUAAACAAGAACCGUCACCCCAACUUUAUGGUCGUCGAUAAGAACACGGCCGUCAGCGAAAUCGAGGACUGCUUCAAGCGCUUCAUCAAACGGGAUGACAUCGACAUCAUCCUGAUCAACCAGAACUACGCGGAAAUGAUCCGCCACGUGAUCGACGCCCACACUUCGCCGACUCCGGCGGUGCUGGAAAUUCCCUCCAAGGAUCACCCGUACGAUGCGAGCAAGGAUUCGAUCCUACGACGUGCCAAGGGCAUGUUCAGUCCCGAAGAUUUGGCUGUUAGCCGUGGUUAAAAAACUUUCCAAUUGCUGUUGUGUGUAGCAAAACUUUAAUUUUUCGUUGAUUUUGAUUCGUUUAUACUGCCGUUGGACGCAUAAUUGUCACAUGUGACAUUUCGACGUUUUUGAGUUUUUGAUGCCAAUCGUCAUAAUUUGAUACGUAUUAUUGAUAUUCUUUGUCGAAACAUGAAGUUUAUUCUAGAAAUUUAAAGAAAUUCAAAGUCAAUUUGUCACACUGGGAUAAAUGGACGCAUAACUGUCACACUGAGACGAUUGGACGCAUAUUUGUCACACUAAAGAAAUGAACGUAUUAUAACUUCGGAACGUCUAAAUAGAUUUUCACCAAACUUGGCACACGUGUCCUAGAUAGUCGGGAGGCGAUCACGGAGAUGUGAAGAGGGGGAAGGGUCACUGUUUUCGCGGAAACCCAGCAUGUGCAAGAAAAACUCUGCAAACUGCUUCGGGUCCGUUGCUGGCACUUGGGAGAAUGCAUGUAAACGUAACCAGCUUCACAACAUUAGUCAAAUUGUUAUUCUUCCAGCGCAGUGUGACAGUUCCACCGUAUUCACCAAUUGUCCAGGAUGGCCACAUCUAAUUGACGGUAGUUUUAGGAGACCUUUUUUUUUGGUUUGCUUUGAUUUUUUGAUUUCGACACACCUAGUAAAAUACCGGAGAUGUCUGUUUCUUCUUGUUUACAAACUAUUCCGCCAGAGUUACUUCAUCCGGAACUUGUCCCAAGACCGUAUUCACUGCAAACGGAUCGAUUGUCCUCUUCUGGUGACGCUUCUCUCGCGGUUGCGACGUUUUCAGCACGGCAGCUGACAUUAGUUGAAGAAAUGUUGCUUCUUGUAAAGUGAUUGAGCUGCCGCAAAUUGCUCCCCCGUGCCGUUUUAUUGAUCGAAUCCGUUAAAAACUUCAUGUUUGUCACCAGAGAGUGUAAAUUUUCAAAUAAUCCGUUUCAGACCUGAUUUUUUUUAAUUUAAGCUUCCAUUCACAAAUAAAACACAAGAGCCACACACGAUAUGCCAAACCUAACAACUACUGGGAAAAUGUUCGUGGUGUGACAAAUAUGCGUCCAUUUUUCGACUUUUCAUAGAAUUUCGCGGCAUAAAUGUCACACAACGAUUAUCAUUGAAAAUUCAGUUCAUUUUCGAAAAAUUUGAUCGAGGCUCAUAUGAUAGGAGUAUACUUUAGAGAUCCACGGCAUUGAAGUCAACAAAAAUUGCAAAACUGUGCGUUCACAGCAAAGUGUUUUUGUGAUACUUUAAUCGCGUUUUUCUCGCUUUGCCUUUUUGUAACAUGUGACAAUUAUGCUUCCAACGGCAGUAUACUUAUUGUAAUACAGUAUUUCAGAAAACUGAAAAAUAACGAGCUGAUGUUCUUUAUAUUCCACAUUCUUAAUCAGUGUAACCCGAGUGUAAUUCCUAUCAUUGGAUAGAAUCUGUGAAAACUAUUGGAGUCAAAAUAUAAUACAUAAUAGUCAGGCGAA